UCUUUUUAGGGGGCUGCUUCCUCAUCUAGCUCUGGAAGCUGUUCAGGCUCAAUAAUGACGUUAAUGAGAGUGUGUGUGUUGGUGGCGGUUCUGGUGGUAGGCGCCAAUGGAGACUUGGCACCCCCUGAGAGGUCGUAUAAGAUCCUCAUGCUUCUCCCCGUCUCUGCCAAUAGCCACAGGACCCUCUUCAUGUCCCUCGCUGAGGCUCUGGCUGACCGAGGACACAAGAUAGUGAUGUUGACCAAUGAAGCAAAUUUGACCAAAUAUCCGAACAUCCAUGAGGUUACCCACGGCCUCCGACACUUCAAACAUGAAAAUAGAAACAUGUUCGAAUAUCUGAACAACCCAAUUGGAGGCUUCGGUGCUUUCAAGUACAUUCUUCCAGCCAUCGCAAGGGAACUGUACAAUGUUCCAGUGGUUAAAGAACUUUAUGAGAAGAGGAAAGAGUUUGAUCUCAUCGUUGUGGAUCACGAGUUCAACGAGGUGGUGUACCCGUUCCUGCACGAGGCUGCCUUCAUCGUGAUCACCACGCCCGGGAUUGACUUCCGCCAGAGCGCUGUCCUGGGUAACGUCCUCAACCCGGCCUAUGUCGCCAACCACAGGAAUGAUUACCCACAACCCUUCACCAUCUGGCAACGCAUUCUCAACACUAUCUAUCAUAUAGGAUUUGCGUUAUACUGGCGGAUCUGGGUCGUUGUGCCCCUGGUGCAGAAGGAGAUCUCAGCGCAGUUCCCGGAGCUGCCGCCGCUUUUGGACCUGGAGAGGAACAUGAGUCUGGCGCUGAUGAACACCCAUUUUAGUACUGGCAUACCACUGCCCCUCCUACCCUCACAGGUGGAAGUGGGCGGCAUGCACUGUCGACCCGCCAGCCCUCUGCCCCAAGUGAUGGAGUAG